AUCUCAUCGGGAAAGUUGUUUUGAUUUUCGCACUAAUUUUCAACGUAAAUUUUAUUCUCUGUGACCAAGGAGAUGAAGAAGUGCAAGUGCUUCCCUUGUCGGGCUUGGAACUCGAACAUGAGAUGGUAGAAGGGCAGGCUGACCAACCUGGCAGCAACGAGGACUUUAUUGCCAUUCACAAAGAUGCCGUUGGCGCAUCCGAGCAACUUAAUCCCUCGAUGCGAAGUCUCAUGGCGAUGGCGAUCCAAUUUCUACCCGCCAACUACAAAUACUCGAGUGUUCUGUCGGCAACGCGUGAAGUUGUCGCAGGAGUCCGAUUUCGCCUUUUUGUGAGCGCCGAAUCGCCAAAUGCCACGGAAGUUGUGUGUUUUUUGGAUAUUUUGGAGAAACCAUGGAUCACGACGGACUUUGGGCAAAAGUUGCGUGUCUUGCAAUUCACUAAUUGCACGGAAAAUGGCGAAGAAUUUGUGCCGGCGCCAACUCCGGACCCAAAAACCGUCAAUAUUAAUCCGAUUUUCACGCGAAAUCGCGAUGUGCCGAUGACGGAAGAGCGUUUAGGUGACUUGGAAGGACAAAUUAUGACGGGAACGCCACAAAAACGCAUCGCUAUGGACAAUGCUGAGGCCCCGAAGCAACCGGAACAGGAAGAAAUCAUGACAAGAACCAACGUUGAACAAGUUGAGAGUCAACCAGAAGCACCGACAACCCCGCCAACCAUCAACAAUGAGCUCCAAGCUCAAAUCCAAGCAGCUCUCGAGAAUAUUUUCAACAAUAAUGAGGAACUGAAAAAAGCUUUGGAUGAAAUAACAGCUACUUCUGCAAAUGUAAACGAAAUUAAGGAACGAUAUGUGGCAGUUUUCGAUCAACUUACGCAAGCGAUUGUCCAAAGUAUUUACAAUCACAGCGAAAGUGCCAACGAUUCGUUCAGUUAUGAGUUCCCAAUUAAAUUUAAUCAUGAAACGCCCAAUAGUCAGGUAACGGGAGCGAUUGUUUAUGUCGAAAAAGAGGUCGUACCCACUAAAAAUGCAGAAGAAGAGCAAGAAAAGCGGGAAAAACGCGCAAUUGGACAACCUCAAGGCAAAAAUGUCGAAAGUAAGACUUUGGUGCAUGUCAAAGAGCAGAUCGUUCAUCGGGUUUCUGAGACAAUUUGUCAAUCGUGUAAAGCAAAUCGGGCUAAUUUGCCCCAACAUGACUGUGAGAAAUAUUGCAAAAGCGAGAAUGAAAUUGGUCAAGAAUACCCCAUCGUAGGAGGUCUCUUACCUGCCGAUCCCGAAACCAUCACCAAAGUUGAGGGUCAUUCACGAAACGCCGUUUCUCAACUCCGUCACACCGAUGGCUCCGCUUGCAACUUCCAAAAAGUCGCCAAUGUGAGCAAACAAGUCGUUUCGGGCAUCCUCUAUCGCGCCACUGUUCAUCACGAAUGCGGCGGCGAAGACAAAACCUGUUCAAUCGAGAUCUGGGAUCAACCAUGGUUGGGUCCUCCGCAGAACAAAUGGACCUGUGACGAGUACAAAAAUCAUAAAAUCAGCAAACGAGGCGUUCCCGGCGGGCACAACGAGCUGGAUGACGAGAAAAAGCAACGCGCUGAAGAGCUUGCACGAACUGAAGUCCCGAAAAAAGGACUUUUAGCGGGCGAACAAUGCGAAUUUGUGCGCGUCGUGAAGGGAAGUUAUCAAGUAGUCGCCGGGAUUUUGUAUCAUUUGACGACUGAAGUGAGUUGCGGCGGCGAAAAACGUCAAUGCGAACAUCAAAUUUACGAGAGAGCGUGGGAAAAUCAUGUCGAAACGAAGAAAUAUGAAUGUUCAGCAGUUUCGUCGAGACGUCGUCGAGAUACGUUGGUCGGAGGCGUUGAGCAAGUCGAUGAAUCGGAGUUUGGAACAUUGGAGCAGAUGGUUGUCGAUGCUUUGUCCUAUGCGAGUGCCAAGGAUGACAAUAAAAAUUACAACUUCAUCAAAAUCAAAUCCGCUACCAAACAAUUAGUGUCGGGCGUUUCUUACCAAAUCACCGUCAUGACAAAAGACGACGACCAAAAUGACAUUCAAUGCACACUUCGCAUCUGGUCUCAACCGUGGAAAAGGGAAGGAAACGACGUAAAAAUGACUUGCGACGAAGUCACGUACAAAUUUCGCACUAAACGCUCCUUAAGAAGUCAUCAUCAUCAGCAUUUGCACGAAGGUCGUUUGUACACAAACAAGGGCGAGGAGCACAUGCAACGUCUUUUCGACAAAUACAAGAUCAAACAUCGCCGGCAAUACAAGGACAACGACGAACACGAACGUCGCUACAAGAUUUUCAAACAAAAUUUGUACAAAAUCGAGCAGCUGAAUCGCAUGGAGCAAGGAACAGCCAAAUAUGGCAUCACGGAUUUCGCGGAUUUGACGAAGGAAGAGUAUAUGCAACGCACGGGCUUGCGUGUUCCGGAAGAUCACGAAAAUAGGGUCAAGAAUCCCAUGGCGGAUAUCAUGACAGAUUUGGAGUUGCCUGAAGAAUAUGAUUGGAGAAAGAAGCAAGUUGUGUCGGAAGUUAAGAAUCAAGGAUCGUGCGGAAGUUGUUGGGCUUUCAGCGCCGUCGGCAACAUCGAGGGUCAACACGCCAUCAAAUACGGCAAACUCGAGUCGUAUUCCGAGCAGGAACUCGUCGACUGCGACAACACCGAUCACGGAUGCGGCGGCGGCUACAUGGAUGACGCCUUCAAGGCAAUCGAAAAUCUCGGCGGCAUCGAACUCGAAAGCGAGUAUCCGUACAGCGCACAUCGCGAAAAGUGCGAAUUUGACAGCAGCAAAGUGCAUGCUCGUGUCAAGGGCGCUGUCGACUUGCCAAAGAACGAAACCGCCAUCGCGCAAUUCCUCGUACAAAAUGGCCCAAUUUCCGUCGGAUUGAAUGCUGCUGCGAUGCAAUUUUACCGUGGCGGAGUCUCGAAACCGUGGAAAAUCUUGUGUGCAGCUAAAAAAAUCGAUCAUGGCGUUUUGUUGGUCGGAUAUGGCACCGCUUCGUAUCCGAGAUUCAAUAAAACACUUCCUUAUUGGAUCAUCAAGAACAGCUGGGGACCCAAAUGGGGCGAACAAGGUUAUUAUCGCUUGUGGCGCGGCGACAACCGUUGCGGCAUCGCAGAAAUGGCGAGCUCAGCUGUCAUCGAGUAAAUCGAACAAAUU